AUGUCGGUCCAAGCUCUUUACCAACUCAUUGUGCGAGACUAUAGUGUUUAUCUCAUAGGUCUCGUCGUCUAUGAACUCUUGAUCACCAUCGGUAACGAGAUUGAAAUUGUCUGGAAGAGGCCUAUCACGGCAUCCGCCGUGAUCCUUGGCUCAGUGAGAUGGUGCUUACUCCUCUCGAUUGCCCUGGAACUCGCGCCAGAGACUCCGAAUACUGCGCUCUUUGCCUCCCUACGCGUCUUUGCAAUCUGGGACAGGAGCUAUGUUUGGUCGCUGAUAGUAUUCGCGUUGAACAUGGUGCAGUUUGCGACUAAUGUGAUCUUCCCAAAGCACAGUUUCAUCGUAUAUCCACUCGUCGGCGUGAAGUGCGUCUCGAUAUAUCGGUUUUCUGCGCAAACAACCGGCAUAAGUAGGCCUCGUGUCGUAUACAUCACACGCGGUUCAGCUGUCCUCGCUGACGCGAUUGUGCUCGUCCUAACGUGGAUCAAAACAUUCGGACGUUGGAAGCAAGCCCGCCGCCUCAAUGCUGAGGUGUCGCUAACAGCGUGUUUUCUGCGUGACGGAACGAUCUUUUUCAUCGCUCUAGUAGCGAUGAACAUAGCCCAGCUGCUGACUUUCGACUUUUCCGCGGACCUAUCGCCCAUGUCCUCGUUCAUCUCUACCCUACCUCCGGUGCUCAUUAAUCGUUUCUUGAUCAACCUACGAACAGUCGACUCGGAGGCGCUGGACAUUAAUGACCGGCAGCAAGAACAGUCGUCAUUCCGGUUCAGGAGGUCAACGAAUCGAUUGGGCAACAUUGGGGAGACGCUGCAGGAUGGCUGGAGUGACGAACCCCGGAACGAAGAGAACGGUUCCGCAGAAGUAGGCGGGGAAGGGCAUAGUGAGGUCAGCGCGACUAUAUGAGGCAAUGUCGAAGGUUGCACUAGAGAUCGCUCUGUUCCGGGUGGACAGUAAUAUUUGCAUCGUAUGCGACCAGGAAACCUGGAGGUUACGGCAUUAGUCAAGUGGUGUGUCGUUAGUCAUCUCGGAGCAUCUAUUAUUGCUACUGCGAAGGUAUCGAAGAAGUCAGCGGCGAAUGUAUUCAAUGGUAGAAGCUCAAGGUAGAAGCUCAGAUCGAAAGGGUAUUAAUUUGGCUCAACUGCCAUCCAGGAGCUAUUCUCCAUUUCGGCAGUGCGAAUUUUCCGUUGAUCACCCACUCAGCUGCGGUCACUUUUCAGUUAAACAUUCUACAAGACAUCGUCAUGAGCUCGCCUGAAUUGGGGAGUUGACGACUGGCGGAAGCGAAUUAGGCUCAGUAGCACUGGAGCUGGAAGCCGGCGGUGUGGCGGCCUUGCUUGGGGCUGGCGAGAGACUUGUUCUGCCGAACAAUCAAAUUAUCUCCUGAACGCCUGCACGAUCGCAGUGACGGAACGUCCAAGGGUGCUAUCUGGGAGCUGAGACGUCCCGUACGAGGCGGCUUCCCGAUCGUGCUAUGACUACGGGUUGAGAGCAACGAACAUUGC